CAGUGUUUUCUCUAUUUGCAGAUGUGAUAUUUACUCAUUUGUUAGUUUUAAAUCUCGGCGAAAUGGAUGUUGUGACGCGGUUUCCGGAAUUCGGCAAGAAGAUCUUGUGUGUUGGCUAUAAUUAUAGGGACCGAGUGGAAGAAAUGGGCAAGAGACCCACAGAGAGGCCGCUUGUAUUCCUGAAACCGUCAACUUCGUAUGUGCAAUGUGGACAAGAUUUGUUGAUUCCACCUCGCACUCGCCAGUUGGAACACGAAAUCGAGCUGGGAGCUGUAAUCUCGAAAAAAGGGAAGAGUAUUUCCGAGGACGAUGCCAUGGACUUUGUUGGGGGCUACUGCGCUGCGUUAGACAUGACUGCACGGGACUUGUUGCACGAGGCAAAAGCCCGUGGGCAACCAUGGACGAUCGCCAAGGGUUUCGAUACGUCCUGUGCAGUCGGCGAGUUCAUUCCCAAAAGUCGCGUGCCGAAUCCGCACGUAUUAGAGUUGUGGUGCAAAGUGAACGGAACGAUGCGUCAAAAGGCUAAUACGAGUCAGAUGAUUUACAAAAUACCCGAGUUGAUAAGUUACCUUUCCGAGAUUUUCACCCUUGAGCCCGGGGACUUUGUUUUAACCGGGACGCCGGAAGGAGUGAGCAAAGUUGUUCCAGGGGAUGUUAUCGAAGGCGGUAUAACUGACCUGACCACCUUCACGUUCACCUGUUCCGCAGCCAUGGACGUUUUACGCGACAACGUCGGUGAAGUGAUGCCGUUAUUCACGAAGAUGCUGGAAAUCUGUGAUUUCGUGGCAAUUGACACUGAAAUAACAGGGAUUUGUCUCCGCAAGAACCCUUUUGACACUUUGGACGAAAGAUACUCAUCGUCUCACCGCGAUCAGGCUCAAUUUUUGGUUAUUCAAUAUGGAGUCUGUGGCUUUCUCUUUGAUAAUGCUACACGAAAGUAUGUUUACCAUCCCUUUAAUUUUUACGUGUUCCCUGCCGAACGUGAGGGAUUGCAAAACGUGUUCGCGUGCUUGCCAUCUUCAUUGGAGUUUCUUGUUUCCCAUGGAUUUGAUUUCAACAAACUCAUCAAAGAUGGUGUUCGUUUCAUAAGGCUUGACCGAGCGAAAGUGCUGACCGAAAAGCUUGUCAAAAACCACGAGGAAGCGCUGGAUUCGCUGGCGCGAAAUGCAAAACCUUCUCAAAGCAAUACGACCGAAAGAAUCCCUAUUCCAAAACACUUGGCAGUACGCAUGAAGGACGUUGUCGAUAGGGUCGACAAGAUGAUGGGGGAUCCUGCGAAUACUUCAGUAACAAUAGAAGAUUGCCAGAAUCCGUUCCUGCGAAAACUAAUUUACAGCGAAGUGGAGCACAAGUACAACAAUUUACACCUGAGCACGGAUCGCCACUGGCAAAACGGCACGAACAAAACCCGUAUGGUCAUCAGUAAAGGUUCCGCGGACGAACAGCUGAAACUGAAUUAUGAGAAAAAGCGCGAGGAACUUCAAGCUGAAAUUGGUUUCUCAAGCUUCAUUGCACGACUGAGCGAAUCGAAGAAGCUCGUAGUAGGGCACAAUGCUUUUGCAGAUUUGUUGCAUACGAUCGACCAAUUUGUCGAGGAGGCUCCUCCCGACUUGGCCAGCUUUAAAAAACUUAUGCUGAAAUAUUUCCCACGAUCGAUGGACACGAAGGUUUUAUGUAGAUCGAAGCAACUGGUUGACCGAAUAACAUCGUCAGUCUUGGAAGAUUUGGUGGGAGUUCUUUCCUCAGAAGACUUUUCCCUACCGGAGUUCGUGGCCGCGGAGGGAUUUCCGUCUUAUUCCCUGAACUGUGAAAAGGUGCAUAAAGCUAGUUACGAUGCGUUUUUGACGGGCGUAUGCUUCGUUGGACUGGCGACUGCUUUGGGAGCGUCGUCCCAUGAAUUGGGCGGAUCACCUCCUAAAGUAGACGUCAAUUCUUCGAAUCUCGCGCCAUAUGUGAACAAAAUCAAUUCCAUGAUUGCGGACAUGCCGUUUUAUGAUCUCGAAAACGAACAAGGCCGCUGUUUUGUUUACUGGAUAAGUGACACAUCGGCUUAUGUCGGCAUCAACGACAAAAGUAAAAUUGACAACGUACGUGCGUUGGAGAAAUCGCCUACCGUUCAGAUGUCAAAUUCAGAGACCGAUCCGGGAGCAAAAUUUAUUAACAUCAAUCAGCUGAGUUUGCCGCAGCUCAAUCAGCUCAAGCAACAACUAGACCAGGAAAUCGAGCUGUUCACUGGAUCUUUGCAGCAACUAAAAAUGGCUGAAAGUAAAUUUCAAGAAUCGGCUAAUAAUUUGGCAGAGUUGAAGGCUGACGGAGGCAAUGCUAUUUCGAAAGAUUUACUAGUUCCCCUGUCAUCAUCAAUGUACGUUCAAGGCCAAAUCACCGAUCGGGAACGUGUGAUGAUUGAAAUAGGAACCGGAUAUUACGUUACAAUGGACUUCAAUCGCGCUUCAGACUACUUCAAACGGAAAGUGGCUUUUGUAAACACACAAAUGAACAAGGUGCAAGAAGCUGGCCAGGAAAAAUUCAAGAUCCGUUCAGCUGUGGAGGAACUGCUGCGACAGAAGAUUCAAUCUCAAAUGCAGGCUCAAGGAAAGCCGGUCACUGGUGUUGCAUAGAAUUCCUGUCCUGCGAAUGCGUUCAGAAGAAAACUGAGUUUGAAUGAUUGUACAAUUUGAGCAUGUACCACUUUAAAGUUGACUUCGAAAAAAUCACGCAUGUGAUGUGAACAAAUGCCGACGUAUUCCAGCCACUGAGAAAUACUGCCAUUCAACUUUUGAACGUGGUCUGCUUCUCGCUAGUGUUCUCUAACGAGUAAUCCUAUGUCUAAUUCUCAUCAAUUGUAAUCACGAAGAAUUGUGAAAAAAUUUGCCCUUGUUUUGGACUAAACCUGUGUUCUUGGGAAUACCUUGGAAUAUGUUCGAAAUGUUUUGCUGCGUCAAAUGCGUUC